CCAUCCUCAUCGGCAUCCAAAUCCUCAACUCUACUCUCCAGUUCUCUCCUCUUCCCCCUUCUGUUCCACCCCAAUUGGCCCGGUGCCUUCUAUUCUACACCCGUACUUUGAUAGUCACUUGUUCCCUUGUUUCCGAGAAACAUCACAAACUUUAAAACCUCACUCCUCAUACCCUCCAAACAAAACAAAAAACAAACAAAUCAAUCACCCGCCAAAAUGUUCGCCAAGGCUACCGUUCUCUCCGUUCUCCUUGCUGGUGCCGAGCUCGUCUCGGGCCACGCUGCUCUCAUCAACGCCGUUGGCGACGCUGGUGGUGUUGGCAUGGCUCUCGGUGUCGACACUUCCACUCCCCGUGACGGAACCCGACGCAACCCCUUCCAGCAGGAUGCCACCCGCUUCCGUGGCACUGCCAGUGCCACUGUCGGCGAGACCCUCGCCGGAGGCGACAACAACAUCGAGGCCGGCACUCAGGCCAUCAUGGCUGAGACUGGCUCCGAGCUUCCUCAGGUUUCAGCUGGUGGUAAACUCGAGAUGACCCUGCACCAGGUUAACGGUGACGGUGCCGGCCCCUACACCUGCAAGAUCAACUCUGAUGGCACUGCCGCCCAGUGGACUCCCAUCACGGUUACCACCCAGGUUCCGGGCACCAACUCCCGCAACCGGGACGGUGCUGAGACUGACUUCCCUCUUGUCGCCUCUAUCCCUGAUUCCCAGACAUGCACCGGUACCGUUGCCGGUCAGGAGAACGUUUGCCUCGUCCGCUGUGAGAACAGCGCUCGUGCUGGUCCCUUCGGCGGUGUCGUUCCUGUCCAGAUGGCCGGUGCCGGAGCCGGAGCCGGAGCCGGAACUGGAGCUGGUGCCGCUCGCAACGGCACUGCACCUGCCACCGCUGAGCGCCGCAACGUUCAGACUCGGGCUCGCCGGGCCCUUGCUCGCGACAUUGUCCGCCGCGAGGCUCUCCUGCGCAAGGUUAUGAAGCGCGCUAUGAUUGAGACCGAGGAGGAUAUUGAGGAUGACGAGGAGUAAGGAGAUUGGAUGGACUAGUCCUUUCUUGACAAGGAGGAUAAUGUGACUAGAUGUAUCGGUGUCUUUUUUUUUCUUUUCUUUCUGAUUUCUUUUUUUUUCCGCUUGCGGAGACAGGGUUCACAGGACGGGGGAAUCGAGGAUAGACACAUGGGCUUUCACGCAUUCCCACAUUAAAAGCGAAGAAAGCAGCGGACUCUGGAGUUGACGGUUGCUUGAGUUUCAUUUGUUCAUAUAUACCCCCCCUGGUUUGGGAUUACGGACCCGAAACCACGGGAAAUUAACUUGUACAAUAUAUAGAUAAGAGGUUUUUGUGUUGUGAAUACUAUCAGGA